AGAAUUUGAGCGAGAGUAGGGGGUUACUUUACUAGUGGAAUUUUGAGGUUAUGUUCGUAAUAAAAUUGUAUUAAUUCCAUCGGUUUAGUUAUUUAGGUGAAUUAAAAUGUCCUGUGACAACUUGACUGACAUGAAAGAUGAAGAUGACAUUAAGUACAAAAGUUGCCCCAAAUUGCUACCUUUUAAUUGUGAAAGUGGUAACAUUGAAAUCUACCAUUGUCAAGAGUGCGGUUUUCAAACGGAACUGACACUUGUAUUCAAACAACACCUUCGACAGUGCCCCAACAUCAAACAAGAAGUCCCGAAAAAUGUAUCAAAUGUGGAAGACUUCAGCAUCCAAAACUACUACUGCGAAAAGUGCAACUUCCACACAUACUUCUCCAUAAAGUGGCUUCGACAUUUCAUUACAUGUUUAGUGAAAAAACAAAAUCUAAAAACUUCGGACGACUUAGAUUGGUUAUACUGUGAUAACUGUACAUACAAAGCUAAACAAAAGACAUUGUUGAAAAAACACAUGAAGGUGCACCGUUCCGGUGCCAAUAUUAAAUGGUACGAAUGCAAAGAAUGUCCAUACAAAGCUAAAUACAGCAACGUUUUAAGAAGACACAUCAAUUCGUACCAUUUAGAUGAAAAGGAUAUUAAAUGGUACGAAUGCAAAGAUUGCCCAUACAAAGCUAAAGCCAAACAUGUCUUAACCUACCAUAUAAUUUCGCGACAUUUAAACGACGCCGAUAUUAAAUGGUAUCAUUGCCAAGAGUGUUCAUUUAAAACCAAACGAAAGUCGUUACUAAAACAACACAAUAUCGCCCGACAUUUAAAUAACGGAGAAGUUCUUAAAUGGUUCAGAUGCAACAAGUGUCCAUAUGAAGCUAGAAUCAAAGGAAAUUUAAGAAAACACGUGAAUGCACAUCACGUAGAGCCGAAAAGUGUUAGAUGGUAUGAUUGUGAAAAGUGUCCAUAUAGAGCUAAGGAUAGUUCUAAUUUAAAGAAACAUAUAAAUGCGCUGCAUUUGGAGGAACAGGAUGUUAAAUGGUUUCACUGUGACAAGUGUGUGUAUAGAACUAAGGAUAAUUCUAAUUUGAAACAACACAUUAAGAAACACCACUUGGAUGAGAAGGAUAUUCAGUGGUUUGAGUGCGAAAAGUGCCCUUAUAGAAGUAGGUAUAAAGCACUUUUGAAAAGUCACAUAAAUACGCGUCAUCUGGACGAAGCGGAUGUUCAAUGGUUUGAAUGUGAUGAAUGUUCAUAUAGAGCGAGACUGAAAUAUAGUUUAAAAAAGCACACCAGGAUGCAUCAGUUAUUUACUGCUACGAAUUCACCCUUGAAGUAAAGUAAAAAAAAUAAACGUGUAUUUUCACAUUUCUGACGUGAUGUAUAUGAUAUAAAGUUUGU